AAUGGAGGAACUAGCUUAUCUAAUGGGUAGAAACAAAUUAUAAAUUUUUUAAGAAUUAUUUUAAGAGAUUCUAAUAUUAUUUGCUUAGAUGAGGCUACGUCUAAUAUGGAUCCUUAGACAGAUUAGGAAUUACAUGAUUAGUUGUUUAGACUGGCAGAGAAUAAAACUCUUAUAGUUAUUACUCAUAGAUUAGAAAAUAUAGAUAAAUUUGAUAGAGUUGUUGUUUUGGAUAAUGGAAGUAUUGUUGAAUGUGGACAU